UUGAGUUUCCAGCACCCAAAAGUGAAUCGGUCCAGAAAUUCCAGGUUUCCUACCUGGGGAGCAUUUCCGUGGCCAAGCCCGUGGGCAUGGAGGUCAUCAACAGCGCCCUGGAGGCGGCCCUGUCGUCCGGCAGCAAGGAGCAGUGGGCACCCGCCCAAUUCAGCGUGGCACCAGCCACCCUCACCCUCACCCAUCAGCAGACGGAGACCGUGCUGUGCGAGUGCCGCGUGCGCUUCCUCUCCUUCAUGGGCAUCGGGAAGGAUGCCCGCUCCUUCGCCUUCAUCAUGGCUGCUGCCGCCGGCAGUUUCUCCUGCCACAUGAUCUGGUGCGAGCCCAACGCUGCGGGGCUGAGCGAAGCCGUCCAGGCUGCUUGCAUGCUCCGCUACCAGAAAUGCUUGGACGCGCGGCCCCAGUCCACCAGCAGCUCCUGCCUUCCGGCCCCUCCUGCCGACUCCGUGGCUCGCCGCGUGGGCUUCACGGUCCGGAAGGGCAUCCAGGCCCUGCUGGGGACCCUCCAACCCAAGCACCAGGGGUCUCAGACGCCGUGAGCUCCAGGCAGGAGGAAGGGGCACCUGCCCACCCAGCCGGACCCUCCAUGCCAGCCGUGCCCCUGGCCUCUGCCAUCAGCCUCGCAGCGCCCAGCC